CCGAGCUCAUCUGGAACGAGGACGGGGGUGCGGUGGCCAUCUCCGAGAACCAUACAGAAGAUUUCCCUUCAUUAUGCCGCCCUCUUCUCCUGUAGAUGUUCAAAACUCCUCAGGUGAGAAUCACAGUCCCAAGUGACCCUGGGCCAAUGGCAAGUUUAGCCUCUCCUUCUCAUCCUGUCACUGCCCCUGGAUCAGGUCCUCCGCCUCUGAGACGGUAUUCAUAUCAAAGAGUAACUAAACCCUUAAAGCACCUUUUCAUGUGAAAACCACUCAAACCUGGGAUGAAGUCCCCCUUUAUUUGGUCCAGGGUUGUGACAUUUACAAGGUUGGGGUUUGGACCACACCUGUGCCGUAAUCCACUGUAUCCACGCUAUUAGGAUCCGCGCUCCUCUCCUUUAUACCAGAGAACUACAACUCCCAGCAUCCACCACUGGGAGCCUGCAUAUGCAGCAGUGCUCGGCUCGGCUCGGACGCGGAGCUGCAGCUUUUUGCGCCUCAGCUGCAGGAUUGAAGCAGGUUCCAAAGGACGAGGAGGGUCAGCGGGGGGUCUCUCCACACUGGGUCGGUCAGGAUGGGAAAUGGCAUCAAUAAGGUGCUGUCGGACUUAUACUUGGGCAAUUUCAAAGAUGCAAGAGACCGAGAACACUUAGCCAGGAACAACAUCACACGCAUCCUGUCCAUCCAUGACAGUGCAGCUCCAAUCCUCCAGGAGAUGACCUAUCUCUGCAUUUCAGCAGCUGACCUGCCCACACAAAACCUGACUCAGCACUUUAAACAAAGUAUAAUGUUCAUGCACGAGUCUCGCCUCAAAGGAGAGGGCUGCCUCGUUCACUGUUUGGCAGGUGUGUCCCGCAGUGUCACCCUGGUGAUAGCUUACAUCAUGACAGUGACAGGCCUGGGCUGGCAGGAGGCGCUGGCUGCCGUGAAGGUGGUCCGACCAUGUGCCGGCCCCAACCUGGGGUUUCAGCGGCAGCUCCAGGAGUUUGAAGCUACUCAGGCCGAUGAGUUCAGAGAGUGGCUACGGAACGAAUAUAAGGACAACCCCUUCAGUGAUGAGACCGACAUACGGAACUUGCUUGCCAGAGUGUCCAAAGUCAAUAAACAAAAUAUGAACCAAAAGGUGUCUCCCCCACCUGGAGGUACCUGACCAGAAAUGUUCAUGAGCUCUUUAGUAGCUUAGUCUGGACGGUUACACCAGUGUGUGAUUCUUCAGUAUCUGGACUUGUCUGGAAGUCUAACAUGCUUACAGAUUGGACCACUGUCAGGAAGUUUAAUGCUGCUGGAACGAUCCUCUCAGUGGACAUAAACACCGAAACCAUAUCUUGACAUCUAUUAA